AGUAGUAGAGCGUCAUCCUCUUCCACCAACGAGCCCACCGGAAGAUGUAUCUUUUAGGCACAGGAAUCCCAGACGACGCGUACUUCUCUGGCAAAUUGCACGAAUGUUCGGCCUGAGGAAUGCCCUUGUCAAUGGUGUGAAAGCUUUGAUUAGUCAAUUUGUACCAAAGCAUCAUGCACAUCCCCUCAUUGAGCGAUGCUGGGGCUCAAUUUCGAUCGUUGAUCAGAUUAUUCUCAAGACAUCAGAAGAAAUUUACCGACAUCAAGCCAAAGACAGUCCCAGCCGCAGUUCCUCGACAUAUAUAGUGAGACAUCUACCAAAUGAUGAGUAUAUGAAUCUGUAUUUACUGCAAGAUUUCGGCAUUUCAGUCACCUCCUGUGACUUUUGCGACAGCAAACACCGCUACACUAGUGUCGAAGACGCAAUCAAUCAUCUAAGAUUGGCACACCUUUCUGCACAAAGAAUGCACAGCAAGCAGAAUUUGGAAUUACUCAAGCAUUGGGUCACACCCACCACGGACGCAGAUAUGGAAAUUUCAACAGAACGUCUGCUCAAGUUGCUUGAAACACUAACUCGACGCGUGAACAAGUUAUUGUCAAGGGCGAUAGACAUGCGUCAGAGUGUCGCUAAUGGCUCACAGGAGCUAGACGAGGGGUAUCUUUUGCGCUCAACGUUGGUCACAGCUGCAGAAAAAAUCUUCCAAUUUUUGUAUUAUUCGGCACACAGUUUCAGUACUCUUCGCGAACAUGGGUUUGCACCAGCGGGGCCUGAACUUCUCGCUUCAUCUUCAGAGCAUGUUAAUGACGAAUCUGGUGCCGAGAUGUUCGCGACCCUCGCCGACCUCGCCAUGUCAAGAGCAAGGGACGACCUCUUAUUGAUGACUCAAACUGGAGAUAAUGGGAGGUCAAUGUUUCAUUUCAAAGCUCCACCGCAAUUCACGAUUUACCUGGGUCUUUACGAUCUCGUUAAAAGACCCCUCCUGUGGGACAUGUCAAUUAUGGAGCUGUAUAGGGAUCAUCUCUCUGCCUUGCGUUUCCAAGCCAGCCGCAAGCCUUCAAAGCGAAUUUUGCGCGAGCUAUAUCUCUUGGAUGAAGAGAUUGAAGUGGUAGAGUCUGUAUACAUGCAGCAACACAAGGCAGAGCAGGUUCUUUGUAAAGUUCUUAGCACUGAUGAAAUCAAACUAGUGUUCGAGGACCGAGAAAAAAGCAUAGAGAUUCUCUUUUCGCAAUUCCGCAAAGACUUAGAGAGAGCUACUAAAGCACUUCGACACAACAUCGAGAUUCUGGAAGAAGGCAACUCCAAAGCAAUCCUCAUUUUCACGCUGGUCACCAUAGUCUUCCUGCCUCUGUCAUUUAUCGCCUCAGUAUUCGGUAUGAACACUUCUGACAUACGGAACAUGGACAGUAGCCAGACGCUGUUUUGGGCAAUAGCACUUCCUGUAACGGCAUCCAUUGGUACACUAUCCUUGAUGGCAGCAUACGGACAAACAGCCAUUGUAAAUGGGGUUCACAGGUUCAAGGACGAUAUCAUGAUGAAACGGCCUACUUUCAGACCUCACCAGUUCAUUCGCAAUCGGAAUAAGCACGGGAUGGAUGAGGAGAGGGCGGAUAGACCCAACAAGGUUGCGACAACGCCAAGUAGACGUCGCCUAGACCCUCAGCACUCUGAUCCAUGGUUGCACAGCAAACGAUGGUCAAGCCGCAGACAGAAUCUAACGACUGGAAUGAGUGGUUCAAAUGGCAACCCAAUUCUGGUGCGGACUGCAACUGCUGGAAGUGUCUAUGGAAAAUCCAGGCAAAGGAGCGCACUGCCGACUUAGCGGGUGGCUCAAAGAUGGUCUGAAG